AUGUCGAAGAAUCUUUCAUAUGAAUCUGCAUCGUCGGAUGCUCUUCGUUUAAAAGCAUUGCAAUCCGGUUUUGAAAGUCGCGUUGAAGUCAACCAACGAAUGUUGAUUGAUAAAAUGCUUGCGCGGUAUUCAUCAGAUUUUGUUGUUUGCCGAGAAUUAAUACAAAAUUCAGACGAUGCCAAAGCAACAUCGUUCCAUUUCGAAAUUACCUGUGAUGGAGGAGUCUCGGCAACAUCGGAGGAGCACUUUCACAAUCAGACUAUUACAGAAAUUCGCGCAGUCAAUAAUGGCCUGGUCUUCAAUGAAACUGAUUGGAAACGUGUUGCAGCUAUUGCAGAAGGAAAUACGAAUGUCGAGUCGGUUGGGCAAUUUGGUGUGGGAUUCUUCUCGGUUUUUUCCUUUUCCGAAGAGCCAAUUAUCGUGUCGGGCGAUGAAUAUAUGGCAUUCGUAUGGCGUGAUGAUAAUUCUUUGACAACAUUUCGUCAUAAAUUAGCUGCACAAGAACAAUCGAAAUCAACAUCAAUCAUUCUUAAAAUGCGCACGAAGUACAUUUUACAUACUCAAACCGAUUUCGAUGUUGAUGGGCCAGCAGAGUUGACCGACAAAUCACCCACGAAGAAAAAGCCGAAGAAAAGUGUAACAACAACGACAACGAAUGAUAUCAUACCAACAAUAAAUCUUUCGCAAUUGAAAGCAUAUUUUACCAAAGUUUUAUCUUUUACGAAAUAUAUCAAUGAUCUAGUCAUCAAAAUUAAUCAAAAGACGAUUUUCAAAGUGACUAAAACAAAGAAAGCGAUUCGCCCGGCAAAAUCUCAAUCGCAAUUCAAGAAAAAUUCCAUACAUAACAUGCUUCGUCUCGAUGCAUUUAUUCAAACUGAACAAAUCUUCUCCAUUGAUCAUGGACCUUCCAUAGCAUUGAAUCAUAUAUCGGUCGACGCAACUUUGAUCAUCGAUGAUAAUUAUCACAAUCAAAUUCGACGAAUAUUGAAGAAAAGUUUACCGCCUAGUGUUCAAAUUCAGCUUUUGUACACGCCGAAUGAUAUUAUUGUGAAACGACAACAGCAGUCGUCAAUAGCUAAAGAUCUCAAUGUGAGAAUUCUCAAUUCCUUGAUUCCACUAAAAUUUAACAAUAACGAAAUUAGUCCCUCGGGUUUGAUUUUCAUCGGUCUUGGAACACAUCAGACAACAGGCAUAGGAAUGCAUGUUUACAGUCAUUUGAUUCCAACGAUUGAAAGAGAAAAUCUAGAUCUACAAGAUCCAUACAUAUCGAAAUGGAAUCGAGAAUUGUUACUAUCCGUUGGACAAAUUGCCAGAUUUGUUUAUGACCAAUCGGUCAACGAAAAUAAACAGUUUUACUCAACAUUAUCUUCAUUUUCUUUUCAACCAUCAGUACCUAAUACUGAAAUCGGUUCGAUUCUCGUCGAUGGAUUCUUUUCGUCCAAUAAAGAUCUACUUGUUCCCGUCAAACGAUCGCCUACAGAUACGAUUCUUUCACUGAUUCCAUCAACAGAAGCAUAUCUCGCUUAUUCUCAACACAUCCAUUCGUUCCUCUCUUUGCCACUUGUACCAUAUGAAUUAAGUCAAAACGGUUUAUUCCAAUCUUUAAAAGAUCGUGAUCUAAUCAUUGAAGUUAAUAGCGAAUUAAUCGAGUCGACAAUAAUAACAACCAUACUUCUAUCGAAUCAAUUUGUUGAAUUUCUCCAUUGGCUAUCUAGUCAACGUUAUGAAGAUAAACAAUACGUCAAACGAUUGUUGUCAAUUGUACGUUUCCGUGAAACGAUCCAAACGUCGAUAAUAACUUUGGAAAAGCUGAGAAAUUAUGAUAAUUUCAAUACUUCAUCGAGUCUGCCUUUGCCAUCACAUGUCCUACCUGCUAGCGUUGCUGCUCAUCUAUCGCGAGAAGAAUUGCAAAAGCAGUUAUCGUUAACUCCGUUCACAUUGAAAGAUUUUCUUCAUUUUUAUCUUCUGAAAAGUCAACAACAUCUGUUCACAAGACAAAACACUGCAGCUUGCUUGUUGAGCAUUAUUUCGAAACAUUCAGGGCAACUGACUAAGACCGAAUGGAAUAAAUUGAAAACAACAUUGUCCACUAUGCAAUGCAUACCAACAAAUCAAGGAAUGAAAAUACCAAAUGAAUCUUAUGUUCCAUCUAAUAUUCUAUCAUCCGAUUUGCCAGUUAUUACAUUAAACGUUCCGCAAAGUGCCACUGAAGAGGAUGAAGAUGAUGAUAAUGACGAAAAACAGUCUAUCGUGGAAAAUCUUGACAAUCCUGUGUCAGCAGAAUUUCUCAAACGAUUAGGUUGUCGAACAUUAAAUGUUCAAUCGUUUGUACAUGCUCGAUCAUCUCUAACCAACACUAGUUCAUCAGAUACACACAGUAUGAAAAUAUUAAUUGAACAUUUGAUGGAAGAAAGGGAUAACAUGAGUGAAGGCGAUUUUAAUGCAUUGAAACACAGCGAGUGUUUGAGAGGCACGACAUUAGUACCCAGUAAAGAAACGACACGAAAGUAUGCACCUCAAGAGCUUCAUUUUCCUUCACUUGCCAUUCAGCUACAAUGGUCGACUUUGCCAAUUCUUGAUUGGCAUGACAUUGAUCCACGCUCACGUGAAUAUGCAUUUCUGAAGGAAAUCGGUGUACGAGAGGUACCAGACUUGCAAAAACUAAUCGAUCGAAUUAUCGAAGAACAUAAUGUUCAAAAACAAAAAUCAAUUGCUGGAUAUAAAUUACCUAUAGCAUUGAAAUUCCUUGCUGAAAAUUUCCAACAGCAUUAUUCAAAACUGUGGAAAACAGCUAAGAUCAAACAACCAUUUCUUCCAUCCUGUUCUCCAUCAAAAUCACUUACAUUAUCACUGCCAGAAGAAGUUUUCAAAGAUGAAAGUCCGCUAUGCGCUACAUUAUUGUCUGCUGUUGUGCAAUUAUUCGAUGAACAUUUUAAUAUUGGAUUACUGGGAGUUAAAGAUCGGCCAACUCUCAACACUGCGUUUGAUAUUUUGAUGGAGAAGAAGGAAGAGAUUUUGAGUGUAAAAUCAGCGCCAAAGAUUUUCGCAUAUAUGAACGAACUCGAUGGACUCAGUCGACCGUUAAUUGAACGUGUGGCAAAACUUGCCUUUAUUCCUCUCGAAGGCACAGAUGACUUUAUGAAACCGUCGCAGGUUUUCAUUCGUCCGAAUGUAUCAAGUGCGGAGGCUUCGUCUCGCCUUCGACAAAUCAAUGUUAUUACUUUGUCGUCUUCCUCCGAGAUUGAUGAUGAUGAUGAUGAAAUAGUACGAGCAGGUAAUACUGGCGGACGUCGACGACGAAAACGAAAUGCUAAAACAACACCGAAAAAUAAGAAGACUAAGACAGUCUCCUCAACUCCAUUGAUAAUGGAUGAUACAGAUAAAAGUGGUUUAAUUGACUAUGUUGACUAUGGACCCGAAGGCAAUUCCUUUCUUCUCGGUGUCGGUGUACUCCACCAACCAUCGGCACCUGUUCUAGCUGAGCUACUCAUUGAUCGUCAAGCGGAUUACUUCGCUAAUUUGAAUCCAAGUAAUCCUCAUGAUUUGAAACAAAAAUUGCUAGCAUAUACAAGUUGUCUUCGACAAUUGGCAAUGGCUGUCAACGACUUGCAAUCAGCUGCGUUAGUCAAACGACUAAAGAAUGAAGCGUGGUGUUUAGGUUAUCAAACAGUGGAACGCCGUUCGAAUAACGAAAAACAACGAAUGUUCAAAGUUGUAGCGCCAACUGAGAUUUACCUUGACGACGAUCAUCAAUGUGCGAUUGACCUUCGCCCAUUAUUACCGCCCGAUGAACCCGAAUUAACGAAAUUAUACGAGAAGUUCGGUGCACAAUGGUUAUCGGAAUGUGUAAAACGAACUUUAGUGCAUAAAGGAAAAGUUGCUACAUCAGAUCGUGGUAAUAAAUUACGCGAUUUAAUUCAAUAUCGUUUGGAUAUGUUAUUUGUUAACAAUCGAGGCGAAAAGAUGGAGAAUCUGGAUGAGAAACAUGUUGAUAUGCUACGAAUGAAUCUCUCAGUGUAUGAAGUCGAUGGUAUUCAAUGUCAAUUAACAUUUCAGAAGAAGACGAUUACGCUCGAUUCAACAGACAGUAGUUCUUGUGCUCUGGAAAACGACAAAAACAAAGUUACUCUAUAUUUUCAAAAACAAAUUCGCGAAUUCGAUUACAUCGACAUUGCCAGCGAAUUAGCGCGAUUCGCCUUCAAAAAACCAUUGGACACCGUCGUACAUGCGAUAAGUGACAAGCUUGCUUCACCCUUGGAAACACUCAAACGUCGUGGCGUGCCCGUCGAUCGUUUACUUCAGCAUCAGCAGCAACAAAAUCAUCGUUCGACCGUACAAAUGAUUGAACCACAAACACAACCAAAUCAUUAUUAUCAAGAAAGUCAUGUAGAAAUGCCUGGUCGAGUAGAAGAUUUCAAUCGUCAUCAAAUCAAAGAUGAUGCCAAAUUAUUCUCAACAUUAAGAAAAGGCCGAUCCUUUACUCAGACUAAAUUCAUUCAACAAGAACAUGUUAAAGACGAAAUCGAUCAUUCAUGCGAAGCGGUACCAUCAGCGAAUAUGACACGUUAUAAAGAAUUGUUUCAUACAAUACCAUUGUACAUUGAACGAGAUGUUCGAGUCACUGAUCAAAUACUUGAUCAAGCACAACAACUAUCAUGGGUACUGAUUGGCCUUGCGAAUCACGUGUUUCGAAUUCCAAUUGAAAGUUUACAUCUUUAUCGAGAUAUAGAUGGAGCUCGUAUUGCUUUUAAUGAUCGUCGUGCACUAUUCUUCAAUCUUCGAUACUAUGAACAAGUUUUUGCUGACAAAGUUCGUCCCUAUUUACAAGCGACUUCGCCAUCGAUUCCAAUUAUUCACACAAUUCUCAAUUUUUAUUUCAUUUUAACAUGUCACGAAUUAGCACAUAACCUGGAAGUUGCACAUAAUUCGAAUUUUAUCAAUCACCUCGAAACUAUUGCAGUUAGAUUCAUGACAGACAAAGAUUUGUUUCUCCAACAGUUUUCCUUUCAAAAUUACUUGCAAAAUUGA